UUUACUCUUUUGUGUAUUCUGUAAACAAAACUUAAAUAAAGGUGAAGCUUAGAGGAACUUGCGCAAUGCUGUAGCAGUAUUGCAGGACAACACUCAGUCAUCAAUGGCUUCUAUCUCUAUCUACUGUUCCAUAUUCAUCUUAAUCUCUCUUCUUCCUCGCUCGACGGAAUCCUUAUGCAGUACCAAACCUCUCAUUUUCAGUUUCGGUGAUUCCAACUCAGACACUGGAGGACUAGUUGCCGGCCUCGGCUACUCUAUUAGCCCUCCCUAUGGCCGCACUUUCUUUCGCAGAUCCACUGGUCGCCUCACCGACGGUCGUCUUCUCAUUGAUUUUCUUUGCGAAAGUGUGAAGACAAGUUUUUUGCGCCCAUACAUGGAGUCUUUGGGUUCAAGUUUUUCAAAUGGGGCCAACUUUGCUGUGGUGGGGUCCUCAACGCUUCCUAAGUCUAUACCCUUUGCUUUAAAUGUUCAGAUUAUGCAAUUCCUUCACUUUAAGUCCAAGUCUUCUGAGCUUCUUGCAUCUGGUUCACAAAAGAUGAUAAAUGAUGAUGGGUUUCAACGAGCACUUUAUAUGAUUGACAUUGGCCAAAAUGACAUUGCUGAUGCAUUUGCCAAAAAGUAUUCAUAUGCCCAAGUUGUAAAAAGAAUACCACUAGUUCUAGCAGAAAUUAAGAAUGCCAUCAAGAGUAUACAUGAUAAUGGUGGCAGGAAAUUUUGGGUUCACAAUACUGGUCCAUUGGGUUGUCUACCUCAGAAACUAUGGUUAGUUAAACCAAGUUCUAAAGAAUUAGAUCCCCAUGGUUGUAUUUCAAGCUACAACUCUGCUGCAAAUUUGUUUAAUGAGGGACUACGCCAUUUAUGUGCACAAUUGAGAUCUGAAAUGAAGGAUGCAACCAUCAUUUAUGUUGAUAUAUACGCAAUCAAAUAUGACCUCAUUGCAAAUGCUAGCAAAUACGGUUUCUCGAGUCCAUUGAUGGCUUGUUGUGGGUUUGGUGGGCCUCCGUAUAACUACAACAUCAAUGUGACAUGUAGUCAUGGUGAUGCUCAAGCAUGUAAUGAAGGAUCGAAAUUCAUAAGUUGGGAUGGGAUACAUUUGACUGAAGCAGCUAACUCAAUUCUGGCUUCCAAAAUACUUUCUCAACAAUAUUCGACACCACGUGUGCCAUUCGACUUCUUUUGUCUUUGAUUGUAGUUUGGUCCUUUAGAUAUAUUAGCAAUUUAACAAUUCACUUUGUGGAACUAUGAACACUUUUAAUGUGAAUUUUUUUGCAUUUUUCAUGCCAGAAA